AUGAAGCGCAAGCUUUCGGAUUCUGGUCUGGAAAAUGACCACCCCGCAGGCUCGACCCCGAAAAGGCCGCGGACAACUCGAGUGCAGGCCAAUGGCGCCUUGAACGGCCACGCGCCGAACCAGUCACCUCCGCACGGCGAUGCUACCGAUGACGUUCCUCCAGUUCUAUCUACUCCCAAAAAGGCCAAUGGAGCCGCGCCCACACCGUUGAAGGAAUCAGGGCUGAAGACGCCCACCCAUAAAUCCAAGGCUCGGAACUUGUUUGCGACUCCGACAAAACCCAAAACCCCCGCCGCUGGGACCCCGGCUCGAUUGAAAAUUGCCGAUCGAUCUGCGAAGAAGAAGAGCGCGAGGGUAUUGUUUGAACACGAUGAAGAUGCUGAAUGGGAUGGGUCGGAACAACUGGCUGAGGAGAUUCUCCAAGACGAGGAACCAGAAAAGGCUACCGAGCCUGCGGCGGAAAGCAUUGAGGACGAUGGCGCAGAGAAGCCAAAGGGCAAGGAUGCGAAGGCUCCUAAGCGUCGAGCCGGUCGACCUAAGGGUGCAAAGAAUAAACGAUCACCAACACCAGAAGGCGAACUGCCCCCACACGAACGAUAUUUCUUCCAGAACCGUGCAGGCACUAUCAAAACAUCCAACACCACCUUAAACAAGGUGCCAUUGUUAACCCAUGAGGAAUACUUUGAGAAGCUGGGACAAUCCGUGGACCCUUGUCAAGAGGAGAAGGAAUACUUACUUUCAUUGCAUCAUCGAUCAUUCCCGCAAUGGAAUUUCGAGUUCGAAGAAGGGUUCAACGUCUGUUUGUUUGGCUAUGGAUCGAAGCGCAAGCUUGUACAACAAUUUGCCGACUGGAUCUAUCAUCGUUCGCCGUCAAAAAACCCACCCAUUGUGAUCGUCAAUGGUUACACUCCUGGUAUUUCAAUUCGAUCCAUCUUUGCAAUGAUUGCAUCAGCACUACUUGGUGAAGACCUACCAUCCAAACUGGGUGCACAGCCAACUGAGGUGCUGGAGCUCGUCCAGUCAGCAUUGAAAAACCGACCCGCCGAAGAAGGGCCCGUUACAGUCUUGAUUAACUCGGUCGACGCUCCGCCAUUGCGAAGGGCAGCUAACCAAGCUCUACUCGCUCGUCUAGCGGCUACACCACGUAUUCGUCUUCUUCUCACCGCUGAUACUCCCAAUUUCACAGCAAUGUGGGAUAUUAGUCUGCGUGAUCAGUUAAAUAUAGUCUUCCAUGACGGGACUACUUUUACUCCUUUUACUGUCGAAUCAGAUGUCGUGGAAGAAGUGAACUCUUUACUUGGUCGUAAGGGCCAACGUGCCGGCGGCAAGGAUGGUGUUGGUUUCGUCCUGAAGAGUCUUCCCGAGAAUGCACGCAACCUGUAUCGCCUCCUACUCACAGAAGUGAUCACUCUGCUGGACGAUGGCCAUCAGUCCGACGAUGAAGGUGGAAAUGGCGGUGAACUGAAUGAUGAAAGAGGGAUUGAAUUCCGCCUACUGUACCAAAAGGCAACGGAGGAAUUCAUCGCGUCCUCCGAAAUGAUGUUCCGCACUCUGCUGAAAGAAUUCCACGAUCACCAAAUGAUCACAUCACGCAUGGAUCCCAGCGGCAUGGAGAUCUUAGGUGUGCCACUCUCCCGCGAUGAAAUGGAAGGCGUGUUGGAGGAUCUGGUGCUCGGAUAA